AUGAUAGAACAACACGAUUCAGAUACUAAACAUUUACCAUUUACAAUACAUACUCUAUUAGAACUUAAUAAUAAUAAUAAUGAUAAUAGUACUUUGAAUAAUCAAUUAAAUAAUGAAAUAAAACAAUUACCUAUAGAGAAACAUUCACAAAAAACGUUUACAAAAAAUGGUACUCCAUAUCAAUCAAUAAAACAAUCAAUGAAACAUUCAAUGAUAACCAUUAAUGAUAGAAAACAAACUCAAGAUUCUAAUUGGAUACCAAAUAAAUUAGAUGAAAAAUUAUUUUUACAAUUAUUUAAAAAUGUUUAUUUAUCACAAAUUCAGUUACCAUUCAAUACUAACACUACUAUUAGUAGUAGUAGUAGUAGUACUACUACUACCAAUACUACUAGUAAUAGUAGUAGUAAUAGUAGUCAUGACAACUAUAUGAAUUAUGAUAUCCCUAGUAUUAAUAAUAUUGUAAAUUAUUUACAAACAGAUCAUUGGUCACAAUUAUUAAAUCUUACAACAUAUCAUUCACCAUCUCAAUCAAUUCAAUCAUCAUCAUCAUCAUCGUCAUCAUUAUUUAAUGAUCAAUCUGAUCUAAUUCGAUCUACAUUAAAACAUUUGAAUCCUGAUCAUUUACAAUCUAAAUGUACAUUUUUAUCAAAUAGUCAAUAUAGAGAGGAUGUUAUUCAGAAAAAAACUCUUUUCAAUACUAAAUUCGAUUGUCCUAUUAGUUCUUCUAUUCAACCAUCUCUUCCAUCAGUUGCUGAUGUUUGUAAUUACAAUUCAGAAUUUGUCAAUCAUUCAUCACAAAACAAACCAUUAUAUGAAAAUAAUGAGUUAUCAUCUCCAAUGUUACUACCAUCAUCCAUCUCUAUGCCAUAUUUGUUCCCUUCACUCACUAUACUAAAUAAUCAAUCAUUGGAAAAGCAAUAUAACCCUUAUACUUGUGAUAAUUCUUACAGAAAUCUAUCAUAUAAUUGUACAGAAGUUAAUAAUAGACAAGGUAAUACACUACAAAAUUGUGCUCAUUCACAGUCUUCACUUUCAUUGAACUAUACUGCUUCACAUAAUCUUGUUAAGUUGACAAAUAAAUCACUUGAUACAAUUCCUGUUGAUUCUAUUGCUGUUCCUACUACUGAUAUCAUUUCCAGAAUUAAUAAUAAUAAUUCUACUAUCACUCCUGCUACUACUACUACUACUGCAACUACUAAUAUCAGUAGCACUACUACUUAUAAACAUAAAAGUAAUCGCAGUAGUAAUACUAAUAUACGUGAGAAUAAAAGUAAAUCCAGAAAGACAAAUUCUACUAAUUUUUUACAUAGAAAAAGUAACAAUACAUCAAGUCAUAUGUCAUCAUCUAACAACAUUGAAAUACUGACAAAUUAUAUGAAUCAGGAUAAUGUAUUGUUAAAACUCAAUAGUGAUGGCGGUGAUGACGACAAUGACGGUGGUAACGAUAUUGAUGAUGAGGAUAGUGAUAGCUUCAAUGAUGAUGAUGGUAAUAAUAAUAAUAACAAUAAGAGUAGUGCUAAGUCAAGCAAACGAAGAAGGCAUAGAACAAUAUUUACAAGUGGACAAUUAAAUGAACUAGAGAAAGCAUUUCAUGAAGCACAUUAUCCAGAUGUUUAUCAGCGUGAAUUAUUAUCUAUGAAAGCUGAAUUACCUGAAGAUAGAAUUCAAGUUUGGUUUCAAAAUCGACGAGCAAAAUGGCGUAAAACAGAAAAGAAAUGGGGUAAAAGUAGUAUUAUGGCUGAAUAUGGUUUGUAUGGAGCUAUGGUUCGACAUUCAUUGCCUUUACCUAAAACAAUACUUAAAUCAGCAUUGGAUAAUAAUGAUGAAUCAUGUGCACCAUGGUUGUUAGGUAAUUUAUAA